CUCUGACUGGCUUGGGAUGGGUUCCAGCAAUGUUGUUUUUUAAAAGCUCCUCAGAACAGUCAUCAUGGCGAACCUUGGCUGCUGGAUGCUGGUUCUCUUUGUGGCCACAUGGAGUGACCUGGGCCUCUGCAAGAAGCGCCCAAAGCCUGGAGGAUGGAACACUGGAGGCAGCCGAUACCCGGGGCAGGGCAGCCCUGGAGGCAACCGCUACCCACCCCAGGGUGGUGGUGGCUGGGGGCAGCCUCAUGGUGGUGGCUGGGGGCAACCCCAUGGUGGUGGCUGGGGACAGCCUCAUGGUGGCGGCUGGGGACAGCCUCAUGGUGGCGGCUGGGGACAGCCUCAUGGUGGUGGCUGGGGUCAAGGAGGUGGCACCCACAAUCAGUGGCACAAGCCCAAUAAGCCAAAAACCAGCAUGAAGCACAUGGCUGGUGCUGCAGCAGCUGGGGCAGUGGUGGGGGGCCUUGGCGGCUACAUGCUGGGAAGUGCCAUGAGCAGGCCCCUCAUACAUUUUGGCAAUGAAUAUGAGGACCGUUACUAUCGUGAAAACAUGUACCGUUACCCCAACCAAGUGUACUACAGGCCUGUGGAUCAGUACAGCAACCAGAACAACUUUGUGCACGACUGCGUCAAUAUCACGAUUAAGCAGCACACAGUCACCACCACUACCAAAGGGGAGAACUUCACCGAGACCGACGUUAAGAUGAUGGAGCGUGUGGUUGAGCAGAUGUGUAUCACCCAGUACGAGAAGGAAUCACAGGCCUAUUAUCAGAGAGGAUCGAGCAUGGUCCUCUUCUCCUCCCCGCCUGUGAUCCUCCUGAUUUCUUUCCUCAUCUUCCUGAUAGUGGGAUGAGGAAGGUCUUCCUAUUUUCACCAUCUUUCUAAUCUUUUUCCAGGUUGAGGGAGGGAGUAUCCAUCUGCAGCCCUUUUAGUGGUGGUGUCUCAUUCUUGCUUCUCUCUUUGUCCCUGAUAGGCUAAUCAAUACCCUUGGCACUGAUGGGCACUGGAAAAUAUAGAGUAGACCUGAGAUGCUAGUCAAGCCCCCUUUGAUUGAGUUCAUCAUGGGCCGUUGCUAAUGCCGGGCCAGUAAAAGUAUAACAGCAAAUAACCAUUGGUUAAUCUGGACUUAUUUUUGGACUUAGUGCAGCAGGUUGAGGCUAAAACAAAUCUCAGAACAGUCUCAAAUACCUUUGCCUGGAUACCUCUGGCUCCUUCAGCGGCUAGAGCUCAGUAUACUAAUGCCCUGUCUUAGCAGAGAUUUCAUAGCUAUUUAGAGAUAUUUUCCAUUUUAAGAAAACCCAGCAACAUUUCUGCCAAGUUUGUUAGGAGGCUGCAUGAUACUCAUUCAAAAAAAAAUCCUAGAAAUUGUUAGCUCUCGGGACACCGGCUUGGCCUACUGGAGCAUGAGCUCUGUAUCUACGGAGAACUGGGGCAAUGUUUUACUUUUCACAGUAAGGGCUACACAGCAGCUGUUCAUCAAGAGUAAAUAUCGGUACAACACUAAACCUCUGGCUAGAGGACAUAUUCACAGUGAACAUAACUGUAACAUAUUUGAAAGGCUUCUGGGACUUAAAAUCUAAUGUUUGGGAAUGAUGCCGUUGGAGGCAACCUCCCGUUUUUGUUUAAAGGACCUAUGCGUGGCAUUCCUUUCUUUAAACUAUAGGUAAUUAAGGCAGCAGAAAAGUAAAUUGCCUUCUAGACACUGAAGGCAAAUCUCCUUUGUCCAUUUACCUAGAAACCAGAAUGAUUUUGACAUACCGGAGAGCUGCAGUUGUGAAAGCACCAUCAUCAUAGAGGAUGAUGUAAUUAAGAAAAUGGUCAGUGUGCAAAGAAAAGAACUGCUUGCAUUUCUUUAUUUCUGUCUCAUAAUUGUCAAAAACCAGAAUUAGGUCAAGUUCAUAGCUUCUGUAAUUGGCUUUUGAAUCAAAGAAUAGGGAGACAAUCUAAAAAAUAUCUUACGUUGGAGAUGACAGAAAUAUGAUUGAUUUGAAGUGGAAAAAGAAAUUCUGUUAACAUUAAUUAAAGUAAAAUUAUUCCCUGAAUUGUUUGAUAUUGUCACCUAGCAGAUAUGUAUUACUUUUCUGCAUUGGCUUGCACUUUGUGAGUAUUCUAUGUAAAAAUAUAUAUGUAUAUAAAAUAUAUAUUGCAUAGGACAGAUUUAGGAGUUUUGUUUAGAGCAGUUAACAUCUGAACAUCUGAAGUGUCUAAUGCAUUAACUUUUGUAAGGUACUGAAUACUUAAUAUGUGGGAAACCCUUUUGCGUGGUCCUUAGGCUUACAAUGUGCACUGAAUCGUUUUGUAUAAGAAUCCAAAGUGGACACCAUUAACAGGUCUUUGAAAUAUGCAUGUAAUUUAUAUUUUCUAUAUUUGUAACUUUGCAUGUUCUUGUUUUGUUGUAUAAAAAAUUUAUAAGUGUUUAAUAUCUGACUGAAAUUAAACAGGAGCGAAGAUGAGCACCA